GCGCGGCCGGCCAUGGAGCGGGUGCUGGUGGUGGGCGCGGGGCUGACGGGCGGCGUGUGCGCGGCCCUGCUGCGGGGGGCGGUGCUGCGCCGCGUCGUCGUCUGGGACAAGGCGCGCGGCGCAGGGGGCCGUAUGAACACGAGCCGCAGCGCUCGGGACGCCGCCUGCACCGCCGACCUGGGUGCGCAGUACGUUACCCUCGGGCCCGAGAGUGCCGAGUCGUGCCGCAGCUUGUGUGAGGAACUUGUGUCUCAGGGCAUCUUGAAACAGCUGACUGCACCCAUUGAAGGAAUGGUAGUGAAAGAAGGCUCCUGCAAUUACGUGGCACCCCAGGGCAUCUCCUCUGUUGUCAAGUAUUAUUUACAGCAGUCAGCAGGUGCAGAUGUCUUCUAUGAACAGCAUGUAACUCACAUAUCUCUCAGAGAUGGGAAAUGGGAAGUCUCCAGGAAAAUGGGACCACCAGAACAAUUUGAUAUAGUUAUUCUCACAAUUCCCGUUCCACAAAUUCUUCAGCUGCAAGGUGACAUUGUGAAGAUAGUUAAUGAAAGUCAAAAGCAACAACUGGAAUCUGCAAGCUACUCCUCCUGCUAUGCUUUGGGACUUUUUUAUGAAGCUGGUGCACAGAUUGAUGUCCCCUGGGCUGCACAGUACAUCACUGAUAAUCCCUGCAUACGGUUCAUCUCCAUCGAUAAUAAGAAACGCAAUAUAGAGUCUUCUGAAAUUGGGCCCUCGGUUGUAGUUCACACAACUAAGACGUUUGGAAGUGAGCACCUGGACUCAGAUCCUGUGGAGGUGCAGCAGUUAAUUCUCAGUCACCUGGAGAGGAUUGUGCCAUCCCUACCUAAACCAGACAGCAUCAAGUGUCAUAAAUGGAGAUACUCCCAGGUUACAAAAGCUGUGCCCAGUUGUUUAGGACAAAUGAUUCUUCAUACUCAACCUCUCCUGAUUUGUGGGGGCGAUGGAUUUACUUGUUCCAAUUUUGGUGGCUGCAUAGAUUCUGCUGUCUGAUGUCCUGCGAGAGACUGUCCCUAAGGGAACAUGCCGAACCGUGCAAGAGGGUUUUCUGCUGGGUUUUCAGUUCCCCUGGAAGAUAUCACAGUGGCAGGUGGGUCAACCAUUGCUGGGCCUGUGAUGAUGGUUUCUGGGGACUCAUCCCACCUGAAUGCCUUCAUCUAGGCUCUGCCUUGGUGCACAAAGAAGGAUGUGAGUCCCUUUCCUGCAGGGGUGAAAGGAGAAGGCUGCAACAUUAGGGGAUACUUCUAGACUCUUCUCUUGUGCUAUUUUCCUUGUCACCCUUUGUUUUCUACUUCUUUCUUCAAAGAUGGAUUUUGCAUUAACUAGCUAAAAUUUUCAUUUCCUUCCUCUUCCUUCAAUUCUGAGUGGAAGGCAGCCACACCACUAAAUAUCCAAA